UUCAAGUAGGUUUGCAAGUAGGAGGUCGGGCUUCCCCAUUAUGUGUACUAUAAAAAGAAACUAAGAUCUGUUGGAAGCACAUUCAGUCACAGCAAUACAUCAAUCAUGGCUGUAAUCCAAUCAUGUGUGUUGUUGAUAUGCACAAUUUGUUUUAUUGGCCGUUCGACGAUAGGUGUGCCAAUAGAGCAACCUGAAGAUAAACCAGAAACAGAUCUUACUAAAUCGACUUCUGAUGAUGCUUCCAAAACAUUUAUUUUUGGUGCGCACCAUUUGCCUCACCAUCAUCAUUUUGGUGGAGGUUUCGGUUUUGGUUCUGGUAGUGGUAGCAGUGCAUCAGCUUUGGGUGUUGGUUCUGGAAAUGGAUUUGGCACUGGAAGUGGUAGCGGAUUCGGUUCCGGCAGUGGCAGCGGUAAUGGAUUUGGGUCUGGUUAUGGUUCAGGUUCCAAUUUUGUACUGCCCAUAAGUGGCAAUUACGGUUCUGGCAGUGGAUACGGACAAGGAAGUUCGGGAUCGGGUAGUGGAUUUGGAGCUGGACAAGGAAAUGGUUACGGUGGUGGACAAGGUAGCGGUUUUGGAGUAGGAUCUGGUUUUGGAAGUGGUUCGGGAACCGGUGGAUCGUCAGGAAGUUUUGCUAAUGGAUUUGGUAGUGGACAUGGCCACGGUCAUGGAUAUGGAUUUGGGCAUGGUCAUGGACAUGGUGGAAAUGGCCACUUUGGACUUCACAAACCUCAUCCAUUCUUUGGACACUUUCACGGAAAUGUUGGUCAAAUCAACAAUGGUGGAGCAGGAUUUGGUGUUGGUGGAGGUUCAGGCUUUGGUGCCGGAAGUGGUUCUGGAUUUGGUUCUGGUAGCGGUUCUGGAUUUGGUUCCGGUAGUGGAUCUGGUGGCACUGGUACUGGACUUGGCGUUGGUAGCGGCGCCGGUAACGGCGCAGCCACUUCUUACGGAUAAACUCUAAAUUGUCAAUUUUGACCAAUGUUUUUGUUAUAAACAAAUAUACUAGUUUGAAAAUCAA